GAAAGCGAUGGCUUCACCCUCCUUCAAUAGCUACUAGUACUUGCCAUUGUCAUUUCAUAGACAAGAUUAGACUUCUGCUUUUUUUUCUGUAUUUAAAAUCUCCUAUUCACGUUGAAUAUAUCUAACAACUCUUCUUUGGAGUUGCCAUUUGGUAAACAGUUUUAGUACAUCUCUUUUCAACGGAAAAACAAAUUAUCACCGGCACAUUCUAUUUUUAGUAAAAUAUUUGUUUCUCUUCCGUCCAGUGUAGCUUUCCAGCCUUUUGGACUACUCAGGGUCUGCACUUAAUUUGAUAAGGUAAGUGAAGUAGAUUUUACAAGAGAAAGCAAAUCAGAUUGCAAAAUCUGGUUUAGGAAGAGAAUCAUUAUUCACCAUUAAGAAGUAUUCACAAAAGGAAGCAAGUAAUUUUGAAUUUCCAGACCAAAGGCAUUUAUUACCUUACCUGCAAACAAUUAAUGCCCUCCAACUACAUUAUUACCAACGGGGGAAUAAUUCUCUUUUUUUACCUUCUCUAUUUCCUUGGUUUCUCCACUGUACCUCAGCCCCUAAAAUUAUAAACAAAAAACGUAACGUUUCAGCGGAAGCAGCAGCACUGGCCGGUAAGGUGGAAAUUAAAGGUGUUGGCCAUGGAAGCCAUCAGAAAUUGGGCAGAUUUAGGGAUUGUGGAUACUAUUUAUGAAGACGAUGGUGAAGAUUCCUCCACUACUUCACUUUCUGUCUCUCCAGGAAUCUCCCCAUCUCCUUCACCUCCCUGCUCCAGGGUCAUCUCCUGGUCGCAAGCUACCGGAAAUGAGACUGAUGUAGUCAUACAUGUUCAAAACUCACGUUUUCGCCUACACAAGGAUCCGUUGGCCGCAAGGAGUGGAUUUCUGAAAAGGAAGCUGAAGGGUCUGUCCGAAUUAACACUCUCUCCGCCGUUAAAGAUAACGGCCGAAACAUUCUCCUUGAUCGCCGAGUUUUGUUAUGACUCGCACAUCGUCAUUACGCCGUUUAACGUCGCCGCUCUUCGUACGGCGGCGGAAUUGCUAGAGAUGGUGGAGGCUAAUAACAUUGCGGGUGGCGAGAACUUAGCUCAGAAAACGGAAGCAUAUUUCCGCCGUGUAAUUGCCGUUAACCGAGAAUAUGCAUCGAUCGUGCUGCGUUCUUGUGUUUCCCUGCUCCCGGAGUGUGAAACGACGUCAAGCCUGUUGAGUAGAUGUAUUGAGGCGUUAAGUUUGGUAGACGAUGGCGACGGCAUUAUGAGGUGCCUCAACGACGUUAAAGAGUUGCGCACUGUGGAAUUUCAAUUAAUCGUCAAGUCAAUGAAUCGGUGGUUGAGCGGAAGCCAUGACCAGCUCUAUAGAGUUGUUGACCUUUAUCUUAAGGAAUACAAGGGGACGAUAACAGAUGAAGAAAAAAUCAUAAUGUGUAAUUACAUCGACUGUACCAUCCUCUCGCCUCAACUUCUCAUGCACGCGGUGCAAAACGCCAGAAUGCCAUUAAGGUUUGUCGUCCAAGCCAUGUUCAUUGAGCAAUUGAGCACCCGCCGUUCUAUCCUCACGGUGACUGCUGCUGACAACCACAACCAGAACCACCACCACUACGAUCAUCAAAUUGAUCAUCUCCAAAACAAAAACGAAGUCAGUUUGGGUACAAUUCUCGAACGAGACGCAGCACUUCGUCAAGUGUCACAGCUUAAGGCGGCAAUGAACGCGACGAGCUCGCGGAUCCAGAGUUUGGAGCAAGAGUUGAGUGGCAUGAAGAAGCUUCUUAACGAAUCAGAUCAAAACACGAAGAAUAUUUUGUCGCAUAACUCUGCUCGCUCUGCUAGCUUUCGAUUGAGUUCCGAGAAUAAGAUUGAUAGAGGACAAAUUGGAUCAGUUUCAUCAGCAAGCUUUCGGAUACUUACAGCUAGAGAUAGAGCGGUUAUGGGGUCGUCUAAUUCAUCAGAAGUAUCUUACGAGGAAAGUACGAAAGUUGAAAAGAGUACUUUUAGUCGAAGGUUUAUGAACGGCUUGAAGAGUGCAUUCCGAGUAUCGAAGAAGAAAACAGAGACAAAGGUGGAAAAUGUAAUAGAGGCCGAAGUUGGUAAGCAACAACAUGGUGAUGUUGUGGUAAUAAAGAAGGAUGUGCCUUUUCGCAGGCAGCCUCCUUCUCUAGAUUAAAAAAUAAAAUUCUGUUUGUUUUCACAUUUUCUUUUAGAUUCAUGUGUUACUUGCGCUUCUAUUAAAUUUGUCUUCUCUUA